GUCGCCACUGAUGGGCGCGGCCGGCCACGCCCUCUCGUUGUGAAGCCUGCGCGCCCUUUGCAUUUAGGGAUUAUUGCGUCUCGGCCUGGGGCUCAAAAGCUGGCGGCUCCCACUUUUCUCCUCGUUCUGGAAGCAUGGCGGAGGCGCCCCGGACCCGCCGCGGCCGCCGGCUGCACGCGCUCUGCUGGUGCCUCCUGGGCCUGGGCGUGGAGGCCGCGCUGCUCUCGCUGUUCGCGUGCUCGGAUGCCUGUGAACUACCGCCACCCUUUGAAGCUAUGGAUAUGGUUGGUGAGCCUAAGUCAUAUUAUGAAGUUGGAGAAAAAAUAGAAUAUAAAUGUAAAAAAGGAUACAUAUAUUUGUUUCCACUCCUCACCGUUACUACCUGUGAGCCAAAUCAUACAUGGGUACCUAUUUCAGAUGAAGGUUGUUGGAAAAUACAAUGUGAGUAUUUAAAGGAUCCCCCAAAUGGCAAAUUACAGCAUUUAGAUGGAGGGGUUGAGUGGGGUUCUCGAAUUCAGUACAGUUGCUUUGAUGGGUAUUACUUAAUUGGUAAGGAAAUUAUAUCAUGUGUGCUUAAAGAUGAUGAUGUAUAUUGGACUGAUAAAGCCCCACGUUGUGAAAAAAUCUUUUGUACACCACCUCCAAAAAUACAAAAUGGAAACCACACCUUUACUGAUAUAAAAGUAUUCAAUUACAAGGAAGCUGUGACUUACAUGUGUGAUCCUGCUCCAGGGCCAGAACCUUUUACUCUUAUUGGGAAGAAACUGCUGUAUUGUUCUGGCCACAACACCUGGAGUAGCCCACCUCCAGAGUGUAAAGUGGUAAAAUGCCCAUUUCCAGUACUUGAAAAUGGAAGACAGGUAUCGGGAUUUGCAAAAAAGUAUGUCUAUGAAGCUACAGUGAUGCUUGAAUGUGACCAGGGGUAUUACAUGAAUGGCAGUGACACAGUGGUCUGCAGUGCAAAUAGUACCUGGAAGCCCGAGAUCCCAUUGUGUCUAAAAGGUCCUAAGCCUACUCAUCCCCCCAAGCCUCCAGUUUACAAUUACCCAGGAUAUCCUCAUCCACGUGAAGGACUGUUUGACCAAGAAUUAGAUGCAUGGAUCAUUGCUCUGAUUGUUAUUACUUCAAUUGUUGGAGUCAUUGUAGUUUGUCUCCUCCUGUACAGAUGUCUUCAACGCAAGAAGCAAGGGACUAGGGUUACAGAGAUUCAUGGCCAUUUCCACCUGUGUAUAUGGAUCCUGGGGAUUGAACUUGACUAUGGAGCCAUCUUUCAAGUCUACAUGGAAACCACAGGCCGCUGCUGACCAGAUGCCACCAGGCUUCGAGGCUGCUGCUUUUCCCCCUACAUCAUAACCGAUUUCAAAUGGUGCUAGACAAAAACAGACUCUGAACACCAGGAGAAAUCGGUCAGCCUGUGUAAGAGAUGGGCCAAUGGGUGCUCCUCAGUGUGCACCUAGAACAGGUGGCAAGUCUGAUCUCAGCUGUGCAAUGGCCAUGGCUGAGUACUUCAGGCAUCUUUUGGAGCAGGAAGGCAGUGCUGAUGAAGGUGAAAUAAUCCUCCCUGUACAGAACCCUAUCUCACUCCCCAUUACAAUCAACACCUAACACAUCACAUAAUGAACAGGGCCAAGAUAUGCUGAAGAAGCCUCACUAACAUAAUGUUGGAGAAAGUAGAUCACCACCUCUGCCCCUGCUUAAAACACUGUACUUAAUUUGAACAACCCCCUCCCCCAUAAUACUUCUCCAGACCCCUAGACUCAAGGGUGAGUUUGCUGAUCAAGUCUUCCCUCAACUUCUUGACCAGGAUGAAGCAGCAAGAGGAGAGACCCAGUCCCAUAUGCAGCUGUCCCUUCGUAGUCAGAUCUCUGCUAUGCUGCAAUUCUUACUCCUAAAACACUGAUUUCAAAUGGUGCUAGAUACAAAGAUGGGAAAAUCUAAGCCACCAUGUGAAACCAGCUUCCAGAAGAAGAGGAUCUCAUCGAAGACAGCAGAGAAGUGUGAUCAGAAGACCCAGCCUCAGCCCCGAGGAGACAUAUCUUCUUGUUGGUACUUGUAACAUGACAGAAUAAUCCAUUAGAAAGGAAUAGGACAGUCACUCAAUGCUUUCAGCAGAGCAGAGAAAGGCAAGACUCCCGUCUACUUUCACACUAGUCACUACAAAUUAUUACACACGAUGAAAUAAAAUAACCAAAUCCAUUAUUAGAAUAUUGAAAUCUGUACUGCCCUAACUUUAUAAAAUAUUUCUCAACAUUCUGUUUAUGCAGAAUAUCUCGCUCCAUCAAGACAAAGUGGUCUGUUAACCAUGAAACAAAGAUGAGUAACCUGAACCAAGGCAACUCUUUCACAUGCCCUGUUCAGAGGAGAGGGCACACUCCUUAUUACUACCCAAUAACACUUAAUAGCUAGCAAUUUGAUUUAACCUCUGGGAUGAUGUAAAAAGCUGGUAUCCAAUCACUAUAUUACAUAGAUGAUUCUCUAAUACAAUGAGCUUUAUUUUUUUAAAUUUGCCUGGAAAUAAGAUUCACAAUGUAAACUUCAAAUAAGAUUCUUUCCCAUCAUCAUUUUUUAAACUUUAUUUUAGUUAUUUAUUGCUAUUCAAAAAACUGUGUGUUUUCUCUGAUGACACAACCCAGAGAGAGAAGAAACAGAGUACAACUAAUUGUUUUAGGUUCCCCAGUGAUGUUUUUUUUCUUUUAGGGGAGGGGGUAGAAGUGCCAGGUAAGGCUUCUCUCUUUUAUGGCUCCUGGCAAUGACACCAUGUGCUGCUAUAGGGAAAGAAAGAACUAAGUCAAACAUCAGAGCUGUGCUAUUUAAUUCUCCCCACAGUCCUUCAAAGCAGGUAUUGUUUAUUCCUGCAGAAGAAGCUGGUCCUUAAGUGUAGUCACAACACUUAUUGGCCUGUGUUCCUGCCCCCUGCCCACUGCUUUCUGCUCCAUGGCUUGACCUCAUUUCUCUUGAACUCAAGGGGGUAACAGCUGAGGCAGUCUGAAUGAAAGUGGAUGGAUGGUAUGGUAUAGUAUGUUAUACUUGGGAGAUGGGAGUCAUGGUUUGGGUUCUGGAGAGGUUAGGUUGCCUAGGAGAGCCUGCUUUAGCUCUCCUGCCCUGCUGGUACCUCUGCAGUGCUCCUCAGCAAUGGAGAAAAUGCUGGAGAUGAACCCUAGCGAUUCCAACAUUGUGUAGGUACAGCUUCUGGUUGGGCCAGCCAGAGAGGAAGCAGCAGGCUCUGCAGCACCUGUGGGGCUUUCCAGGGCCUCAGCCAGGCAGGAAGGCUGCAAACAAAUUUACACACAGGCUCUCAGUGACAACACUGGCAACAAACAGAUAGAAAUAGCUUUAAGUCAGGAGUGUGUUAGA